GUCUGCGCCUGCGCGCGCCCGCCGCGCCCCGCAGUAAGAGAGGCCCGGAUGGAGGACGCGGCUGCGCGCCGUUGCCAUGGCAGCGUGUCCUGGCCGCCUCGGUACCGAGGGGCUCCCUCGCCUCGUUGUCAGAGCUUAGAAAGGGGAGGAGAGGCGAGCGCCCUGGGCCGUCUCUGUGACCUCGGCCGCUGCAUCUUACCCAGCGCUACUCUUUAACGCACGGAAAAUGGAUGAAAAUAAAGAUACCGAUUCAAAAGAAAGUGAAGAAUAUGAAGAUGACUUUGAAAAGGACCUGGAAUGGUUAAUUAAUGAAAAAGAAAAAAAUGGUGCCAGCAUAAUAGAGAUGGCUUGUGAGAAUGAAGAGAAUAUUAACCAAGAAUUAAAAGAGAAUGAAACGGAAGUAGAACACACAAAUGAGCUUUCUGAUUCUGACAGAUCUUCGAAGGAUGAGGUUUCACCAAGAAGAAGUAACUUCAUUUCUGUACCGAGUAUUCAGUCUUUGGAUCCCAUAUCAGAUUCAGAUAGUGAAAACUCUUUCCAGGAAUCCAAACAGGAAAGUCAGAAAGACCUGGAGGAGGACGAGGAUGAGGAAGUGAGGAGGUACAUCAUGGAGAAAAUUAUACAGGCCAACAAGCUUCUACAGAAUCAAGAACCCGUGAAUGAUAAAAGGGAGCGAAAACUCAAGUUCAAGGACAAAUUAGUUGACCUGGAAGUUCCUCCCCUGGAAGACACUGAUAACUACAAAAAUUAUUUUGAAAAUGAAAGUAACAUGUCUGGAAAACUGUCACAGCUAUGUAUUUCCAAUGAAUUUGGACAAGAAAAUGUGCUCCUGUCACUUGAUGGAAAUUGUGAAGAAAACAAGGAUAGGAAGAUACUCGUUGAGAGAGACGGAAAAUUUGAACUUCUGAAUUUACAAGACAUUGAGAGUCAGGGAGUUUUGCCCCCCAUGGAUAAUGUUAAUAGUAAAGAAAACGAAUCUCAGCAGUUGUCACCCAGAUCUUCCAAUUCAUCUGUCAACAGUGUCAAGAGAGAAGAGCCUAUAGCAAAGACCAAUGGCUUAUCAACAGAAGGGCCACUGGCCUUUAUCCCUCAGCCACCACCUAACCCCAAGACUUGUCCAAACUCCGCUGUCAGCUCAGAUCCAAGAAGGGGGAGUAGGAGGUCCGGCCACAGGACACGGUCUGCGAUUGUGUCGCCAUUGACCUCGACUUAUUGUCUUUCCACGCGACAGAAAGAGCUGCAGAAACGGCUAGAACAAAAGAGAGAAAAGCUCAAGAGAGAGGAAGAGCAACGGAAAAUGGAAGAAGAGAAAGAGAAGAAAAAGGAGAAUGAGAUGGUGUUCAAAGCGUGGCUGCGAAAGAAGAAGGAGCAGGUCGUGGAGAUGAAGAGAGUCCAGAGAGCGAAGCAAAUCGAAGACAUGAACAGUAGGCAGGGGAACAGAGAUCCACAACAAGCUUUCCGAUUAUGGCUUAAAAAGAAGCACGAAGAGCAGUUGAAAGAAAGGAAGACAGAAGAACUGCGCAAGCAAGAGGAGUGCUUAUUCUUCCUCAGAGGGACGGAAGGCCGGGAAAGGGCCUUCAAACAAUGGCUAAGAAGGAAAAGGAUAGAAAAACUAGUAGAGCAGCAAGUCGUCAAAGAAAGAGCUAGACAGCUCCGACUAGAAGCAAAGCAUUCUAAACAGUUACAGAGUCAGCUGUGCAACAUGGCAGAAGCCAGAGCUUUUCGUUUUACUGAUCAUUACAACUGAAGGUAUCUAUUAAAUACUCCUUUUGAAGCUGCAAUCCUCCACAUUUUGGAUAUCGUUUUUUAUGGCCUGUGCGCUUUGGGCAUGCUGUAAGUUAAGGAAAUGGUGCGCAGAUUUUGGUGAUGUUGACAAUGAAUUUAUCUUUACUUAAAAACUAGACCAAAAUAAAUUUCUUCUCUUGCA